AUGACCAGUAUUGCACGAGUGUACGCUGACGUGAAUGAGAAGAAGCCCAAGUCCUACUGGAACUAUGAGAAUUUGUCUAUAUCGUGGGGCUCGCAAUCCAGGUACGAAGUGACAAAGAAAAUUGGCAGAGGCAAAUACAGUGAAGUUUUCGAAGGAUAUCAGCUUCCGAACGGCCUCAAGGUCGUCAUUAAAGUGUUGAAGCCCGUCAAGCGGAAGAAAAUUAAAAGAGAGAUCAAAAUUCUCCAAAAUUUGUCCGGCGGACCUCAAAUAAUCCAGCUUCUGGACGUCGUGCGGGAUUCCAACUCCAAGACAUCAGCUUUAAUAUUCGAGCAUGUGGAAAACCUUGAGUUCCGUGUACUCUAUCCGCAAUUAACAGACUUGGAAAUCCGAUAUUAUAUGUAUCAGGUACUGGAGGCGCUGGACUAUGCUCAUUCGAUGGGUAUAAUGCAUAGAGAUGUUAAACCCCACAAUAUUAUGAUAGACCAUCGCCAGAAAAAACUCCGGCUAAUCGAUUGGGGUUUGGCAGAAUUCUACCAUGCUGGACAGGAGUACAACGUCAGAGUCGCUUCGAGAUAUUUCAAAGGACCCGAACUACUGGUCGAUUUCAAGCUGUACGACUACUCAUUGGACAUAUGGUCCUUUGGUGCAACAUUGGCUUCAGUCGUCUUCCAAAAAGAGCCGUUUUUCCAUGGAAAGUCAAAUACAGAUCAGCUAGUUCAGAUUGCGCGUGUUUUGGGAACCGAUGGCUUGUAUGCAUACCUGGAAAAAUACAAUUUGACGUUAGGCCCUCAAUACGAAGAUCUGGGACACUAUAUGAAACGCCAAUGGAUUCGUUACGUUAAUCAGAACAAUCAGCACUUGGUGAGUGAUGAGUACCUGGAUUUCAUCGACAAAAUAUUGCGAUACGAUCAUAAUGAGAGACUCACUGCCAAGGAAAGUAUGAUGCACCCAUAUUUUGAUCCGGUUAGAGAUUCGAUAAGACGUGUUUGA